ACCCAGUUUCAUAACCUCCUCUUCUCAACGCGAUCCCGCCAAUCGAAUUCGCAAGCUGGGUUAGUAGAGUUUCUACAGCCAAUAAUACGCGACGGUUCCGACCAGCCACGCCCACUGCUAGUGACGCUGCAUUUCAUUUCGGGAAAUAGAAGCGUUUGCUUAUGCUGGGAAGAGAGAGAUAAUAUUACAGCUGCUUGUGAGUUUAUCAUCUGCUGUUUAAAGUAUUAGGCUGGGUUAAAAUGCUUCCUAAUUAUUAUUUUUAUACGUUUAUUACCUACAUGGAGUUCUGAGACAUAUAGUUCCUCUUCUGUUUAAUUUAAGAACAGAUAAGGAAGUUGAACUUGCCAUUUUUGUUCUGAGAAAACAAACGCGAUAGCAGAGCUCGGCAGGAUUCUCAAAGACGAAAAUUACUGCUUGCAAAGUCAAACGAGUCUGCUGUUUGAUUUCUUUCUUUAUCACAUCAGAAGUGCGGAUUUUAUAUGAAUAAAAAUAAAUAAAAAAGAGGAGCCUCAAACUGAAACCAGUGAAGAUGGACGUCAGCGUCUCCGUGUCGUUCUUUCAAGACGAGCUCGCCUCUACCAUCGAGCACGCAGUGAAAGCGGCUGUAGACACCGUCUUGUGCCAAAUCACAAAAGUUGUCGGCGGCAAAUUCACUGAAUUCCGAAUGGAAAUGGCUGGAAAGGAGAAAGAGAAUGAAAGUCUGAAGCUGAGAUUGGAAAUAUCAGAGAGCGAGUUGAAAGCGGUGCGGGAAUGCAUGAACGCUGCAGAUGCAGACAUUAAACAACCUCUCAGAAACAUGAACCCCGACUGCAAUGAACAAGACUUUCAGAGGAACGAGAACCAGGGGUUAUUUCAAGAUCCCACAGAGAGCCAUGCUGUGCCUAAAUCUGAAGCACAGGAGGGGCCAAGGAUAGAAGCAGUUCACACACAAGAGGAGUCCUUUCACCGGGAGUGGUGUGCAAGUCUAAAGCAGGUUACAGAGCUGACAUGUGUUAAAGAUGAAGAGGUCCCUCGACUGGAAUGUGUUCCUAUUAAAGAGGAAUUCACAGAACAGGAAUGUGUCCCCAUCGCAGAGGAAGUUCCUGCUGAAAAUAAUGUCUGUACACCUGAGGAGAACAACCAGCUGGGAUCCAGCCUGUGUGAUGAUUGUCCACCUGAAUGUGAACUGGGAUUUAGAGCUGCUAAUGGGAAUCACACGAGAGGGACACCAUUUCCUUGUCUUGAUUGUGGGAAGACUUUCAGUUUUUUAUCACGGCUUAAAAUCCACCAGCGCAGUCACACAGGAGAGAAACCUUAUCGCUGCUCUGAGUGUGGGAGGAGAUUCAGUCGGUUAGAAAACCUUAAAGUGCACCAGAAAAACCACGCAGGAGAGAAACCUCAUCGCUGCACUGAGUGUGGGAAGAGUUUCAUGCGGUUAAGACAUUUUGAAUCACACCAGCGCGUUCACACAGGAGAGAAACCUUAUCACUGCGCUGAGUGUGGGAAGAGUUUCAGUCGUUUCUCGCACCUUAAAAGUCACCAGCGCAUUCACACAGGAGAUAAACCUCAUCACUGCACUGAGUGUGGGAAGAGCUUCACGCGAAUAGGAAGUCUUCAAAUCCACCAGCGCGUUCACACAGGAGAGAAACCUUAUCGCUGUGCUGACUGCGGGAAGAGUUUCACCUAUUUAAGUUCCUUUAAAAUCCACCAGCGGACUCACAUAAAAGAGAAAUCUUAUCAAUGUACUGAAUGUCUGAAGAGUUUCCGUCAGUUAUCAAACCUGAAAAGACACCAUCAAAUUCACACGAGAGUGAAGCCCUAUCCCUGCACUGAAUGUGGGAAGAAGUUCAGUCAGUUACAGGCUCUUGCAGGACACAAGAGAAUUCACAGAAUUUCAGCCACUUGAGGACACCUGAACACGAGGAGUAAAUUUGACAAAUACAGCAAUACAAAAGAAUAAACUUGCUUGAUAAACAGGGUUACUCCUAAUCACUUCUGAGCAAAAACAUGUACUCACGGAUGGAACAUAAGAAAGUUUACAAACGAGAGGAGGCCAUUCAGCCCAUCUUGCUCGUUUGGUUGUUAGUAGCUUAUUGAUCCCAGAAUCUCAUCAAGCAGCUUCUUGAAGAAACCCAGGAUGGCAGCUUCAACAACAUUACUGGGGAGUUGGUUCCAGACCCUCACAAUUCUCUGUCUAAAAUAAAAGUGCCUCUUAUUUUCUGUUCUAAAUGCCCCUUUACCUAAUCUCCAUUUGUGACCCCUGGUCCUUGUUUCAGGUUGAAAAAAUCCCCUGGGUCGACAUUGUCUAUACCUUUUAGGAUUUUGAAUGUUUGAAUCAGAUUGCCGCGUAGUCUUCUUUGUUCAAGACUGAAUAGAUUCAAUUCUUUUAGCCUGUCUGCAUACGACAUGCCUUUUAAACCCAGGAUAAUUCUGGUUGCUCUUCUUUACACUCUUUUUCUAGAGCAGCAAUAUCCUUUUUGUAGCAAGGUGACCAGAACUGAGCACAAUAUUCUAGAUGAGGUCUUACUAAUACGUUGUAAAGUUUGAACAUUACUUUCCUUGAUUUUAAAUUCAACACUUUUCACUAUAUAU